AUGUCGCCCUCCCUGGAUUCAUCACCAUCUUCUUUGCCCGCAGUAUUCCCAGGCGCGCGACCGGAGGAAGAAUGGCGGGCCCUCCUCAAUGAAGAACAAUACCGCAUCCUCCGCCAGAAAGGCACGGAGAAGCCCUUCGCCAACCGCUACGACAAGCACUACUCCACCCACGGCACGUAUAACUGCGCGGCAUGUGACAAGCCAUUGUACCGCGCAGACCAGAAAUUCAAGUCGUCGUGCGGCUGGCCCGCGUACUACGACAGCAUCCAGGGCGCGGUGACGAGGUUGAGGGACCCACGGUUUCCUGACUCGCCAGCCAGUGAGAUCGUGUGUGCGAAUUGUGGGGGUCAUUUGGGCCAUGUCUUUGCUGGCGAGGGGUUUCCUACGCCUACCAAUCAGAGGCAUUGUGUGAAUAGUGUGAGUAUCCGGUUUGAGGAUGGGGGAUUGGAGCGGGAUUGA